UUGAAUAAUGGCCCUCCGCUACUCAAGAACCUUGCAUCUCCAUUCCCCGAUACUUCCUUACGUUCUCUUUUAUAUUUCCAUCAUUUUGUCUUCGCUAAUCCCUUCUUCAAAUUCAUUAUCCUUCAACUUUUCCAGUUCCGACGACAAGACAAGAGACAACUUAAUAUUGUUAGGCGAUGCUGUGUUCUCUAAAAAUGGCGUCGAGCUCACCAUAAACACACUCGACAGUAGCUUGAACGGUAGCGAAGGUCGAGUUAUAUAUAAAGAACCGGUGCGCCUCUGGGACAAGGAGACGGGAGAUCUCACAGACUUCAACACCAAUUUCUCCUUUACCAUUAAAUUAUUGAGUGACAGCAACUUUGGUGAUGGGUUGGCUUUCUUCCUCACGCCAAACGGUUCUAUCAUCCCUCCACAGUCAGGAGGUGGCUGUCUUGGUCUUUUAAGUUUCGACCGUCGGUUCGACAACACAGAAAAUCAACUUAUUGCAGUAGAGUUCGACACCUUUCCAAAUGACUGGGAUCCAGACUACAAUCAUGUGGGUAUCGAUGUCAAUUCCGUUUUUUCUGUGGCAACUGCUGAGUGGUCUAGUAGUAAUAUUAUCAAUGGGAGCACAGUUGAUGCUCGGAUUAUCUAUAAUUCUAGUACAAAAUUGCUGAGUGUUUUCUUUACUUAUGAUGAAAAGCCAGUGUCCGGUGAGAGCCGUAAUCUUUCUCAUAUAGUUGAUAUGAGGAAGUUCUUGCCAGAAUGGGUGACUAUUGGUCUUUCUGCUACUACUGGUAAAUUCGUGGAGCUACAUCAACUUCAUUCCUGGGACUUUUAUUCGAGUUUGGAGGUAAAGGUGUCUAAUUCAACAGUGGGAAAUGACGGUCAUAACUCAACUAUGGGGAGUAAUUCCACGUUGGGGAACGGGGGGCAUAAUUCUACUUCAGAGGCUACAGAGAUAAAGAAGACAAACAAUACAAGAUUGAUCGUUGGACUGGUUGUUGGUGCAGUUACGUCGAUGGGUUUGUUGGCGGGCAUGAUUUGGUUCAUCAUGCAUAUGAAGAGGAUGAGGGAUAUGGAAGAAGUGAAGAGUGCAGUUCUUAAUAAUGAUGGUUCUAUGAAUGAUGAAUUCGAAAUGGGAGUUGGACCUAAAAGGUUCUUGUAUGGUGAAUUGGCUCAGGCAACGAAUGACUUCGAUGAGGAACAAAAGCUUGGAGAGGGAGGAUUUGGAAGCGUUUAUAGAGGUUUUCUGAGUGAUCUCAACUUGGAAGUGGCCGUGAAGAGGGUCUCCAAAGGGUCUAAACAAGGGAUAAAGGAGUAUAUGUCCGAAGUGAAAAUCAUUAGUCAAUUACGGCAUAAAAACUUGGUCCAACUUGUGGGUUGGUGCCACCAGCGAAAUGAGUUUCUCCUUGUAUACGAGUUCAUGCCCAACGGUAGUCUCGAUUCCCAUCUCUUUGGACGACAGGACUCACACUCACUGACAUGGAAAGUAAGGCACAAUAUCGCAGUUGGCUUGGCCUCUGGAUUGCUCUAUCUGCAUGAAGAAUGGGAACAAUGUGUUCUUCAUAGAGAUAUUAAAUCAAGUAAUGUGAUGUUAGACUCUAGUUUUAAUGCAAAACUCGGGGAUUUUGGGUUUGCAAGACUUGUUGACCAUGGCCAACUAGCACAAACAACUGUGUUAGCUGGGACCAUGGGUUACAUGGCUCCCGAAUGUGUUAUGACCCCCAAGUAUAGCAAGGAAUCAGACGUUUACAGCUAUGGAAUUGUUGCUUUGGAGAUUGCUUGUGGAAGGCGACCUGUUGAACCACGGCUAGAAACUAGUAAGGUAAGGCUGGUUGAAUGGGUAUGGGAGCUCUAUGGAAGAGGAUCGCUUCUUCAAGCAGCAGAUUCUAGACUUGUAAGUAUGGGUUUUGAUGAAAAACAAAUGGAGUGUUUGAUGGUUGUUGGGCUAUGGUGUGCACACCCAGAUUUCAACCUCCGACCCUCCAUAAAGCAAGCGAUGCAGGUUCUUUGUUUUGAAGCUCCAUUACCCUUUCUCCCACCUAAGAUGCCGAUGCUCACUUUUAGUGCCCCUGAGUUUAAUGAUUAUGAUCCUUCAACUUCAUCAUCUGGUGCUACUAAUUCUUCUACGGCAUCUCUCUUGAACCCACGCUAAGUUUAAAAUCUUUACUUUUGCUGUAUCUUGUAUGGACAUUUGUGUUAUUUUCUUUCCAUGUUUUUCCUUUGUUUAUGUUUAUCUAAGUGUGCCUCAAGCUUAUAAAAAUAAGUUAUUUGUACAAUUUUCUAAUUA